AUGGCGCUGCAGAACAGUGCAACAGAAACAGAGCGAGCGAAGCAGACACUGGAAGGCAACCUGAUGACACUGGACAACAUGAAGUCCGACAGAGAUGCGACUGAGGAGUUCUUUGAAUAUGAUGCAGAGGAGUUCCUGGUGUUCCUGACACUGCUCAUAACAGAAGGACGGACCCCCGAGUAUUCGGUUAAGGGCAGAACCGAGGGAUUGCACUGUCCCCCUGCGCAGGCUGCAAUGCCCCCUCUGCACAAGCAUGAUUGCAGCGACAAACUCCCACAGUGUCGACAGGCUCGACGCACCCGCUCCGAGGUGAUCCUGCUUUGGAGGAACAGCAUCCCCAUCAUGAUCGAGGUCAUGCUCCUGCCUGACUGUUGCUAUGGUGAUGAGUGUCCGCCAAGUGACCUUAUCAGCGACCCGGUCAUUAAGCAAGACGCUUUACUGCUGGAGAGAUGGACCCUACAGGCAGUUCCCAGACAAAAUGGUGAUCGUUUCAUUGAAGAGAAGACCUUGUUGCUGGCUGUCCGAUCUUACGUCUUCUUCUCUCAGCUCAGUGCUUGGCUCAGUGCCUCACAUGGCAUCGUCCCCAGAAACAUCCUGUACAGGAUUAGUGCAGCUGAUGAAGAGUUGGUGUGGAAGUUUUCCCAGCCGCCUUCCGAGCACAUCUUCCCCAUUCCAAAUGUCUCACACAGUGUUGCGCUGCAGGUCCGUGUGCAGUCCUUGCCCCGCCAGCCAUCCUACCCGACCAUGGCCUGCAGCAUCCACACUGGCCUGCCUUCACUAUAUAGCAACACUCCAAACCUGAACCCGAACCCAAAUAGCCAUGGUCCGCCAACCAGCUUGAAGAGGAACCAGGAGCCCAGCAAUGAAACCAUGCUACAAAACACCAACAUGUUCAGCAAGAGCUCAAGCUCCAUACCACAUGACGAGAACCAAGCACCCCUCAAGUCUGCCAACUCCGGCCUCACCAGCCCAGACAGGACCCGAGCUUCCAAUGUGUUGCAGCGGGUCCAGAGCCCUACCCCACUGCGACCUUGCAACAACUGGAAGAAGCAGAAUCGUCACUCUAUAGACGCUACGGCAACUAACGCUUUCCACCCGUGUACUGGACUGCCUCUGCUAUCUAGUCCUGUUCCUCAGAGAAAGAAUCAAACUGGUUAUUUUGACCUCGACACCUCUCUGAUGAGCAGUAAAGUUUUACCAUGGACCUUGGGAAAAAGGAUCUGUUCAAAGAGGGAGUGCUCCAUUGAAGACACACAGCUAUUCAGUGCCAGCGCUCCACCUGCCAGUCUCAGUCUGUUGGGAAAUUUUGAGGAGUGUGUGUUAAACAACCGCCUGGAGCCCUUAGGGGCAGUGGAGGGUUUUACGGCAGAGGUUGGUGCUAGUGGGUCCUUCUGUCCCAGUCACCUGACCUUGCCUGUGGAUGUGAUGUUUUACAGCGUUUCAGAUGACAAUGCUCCAUCUCCAUAUAUGGGUGUGAUAAACCUGGAGUCUACAGGAAAAAGAGGAUACAGAGUACCCCCUUCAGGAACCAUUCAAGUGACCUUAUUCAAUCCCAACAAGACAGUUGUAAAAAUGUUUGUUGUGAUGUAUGACCUACGAGCCAUGCCAGCUGGACAUCAAACGUUUCUUCGCCAGAGGACCUUUUCUGUCCCAGUCCGCCGGGAUACAAACAAUCAGACCAGCAGAAAGCCCCUCUCCCUGAGCCAGAGCCGUACCCUGCGGUACCUCAUUCACCUGAGGUUCCAGAGCUCCAAGUCUGGGAAGAUCUACCUCCACAGGGACAUCCGUCUGCUUUUCUCCAGAAAGUCCAUGGAGCGCCCGGACGGGAGCGCGCCUGGUGUCUCCGCAUGUGACGUCACGCCGCAGCUCUUCGGCAGGACUCGCGUGAACGCAGGGUCUGUGGAUCAGUCUAGAGAUUCAGAAAUGUCUGGAGAAAACGAAGAAGCACAAAAUACAGAAGAGACCCCGGUAGAGGACAAGGAUGCUCAAGAAAAAAUGGUUAGCCUGGAAAAGGCAGAGGAAGCAAAGUUGAAGGCCAGAUAUCCGAAUCUUGGAAAUAAGCCUGGAGGAUCUGAUCUGCUCCGCAAACGUCUCCAAAAGGGACAAAAAUACUUUGACUCAGGAGACUAUAACAUGGCCAAAGCAAAGAUAAAGAACAAGCAAUUGCCAACUGCUGCUCCAGAAAAGGCAGAGAUCACAGGGGACCACAUUCCCACCCCUCAAGAUUUGCCCCAGAGGAAACCCUCCUUGGUUGCCAGUAAACUGGCUGGCUGA